UCACCUGCAAUCACUUUUCCCAUCGCUGACGUUCGUUUUUUGCUUAUCACUCCCCAAUUGCGUGGCUUUUUUAUCACCUGCCCUGACUGAUUUGACACUCUGGGGUCUCGUGAGUGCUCCUCUGGCACUCCCGGGUGCUGUCACGUGCCCCAGGGCACACAGAGUGGCGACAAAGUUGUCCAUUUCGGGGCCACUCUGCGUGUUGCCAUGCCAACCUACUUGACCCCCAAUAGGCAUGGCUACAGCGUGCGCUUCUCCAGGUUCAACGCAGAUCGCCUGGCAGUGGCCACGAGUCAGUUCUUUGGCCUCGCUGGCGGUGGGACACUCUUCAUUCUUGAGCUCACACCCGACGGAGGGAUUCAGGAGGUGCAGGCAUUUCAGUGGACAGACGGACUCUUUGAUGUUGUGUGGUCAGAAAGCCCCAGUGCACUAAUAACAGCUUCCGGAGAUGGUGGACUGCAACUGUGGAAUGCUGAUGGUGAGAGUCGCACAUCGACACCACAGAGCUGCUACUGUGAACAUCAAAAGGAAGUCUACAGUGUGGACUGGAGCAGGACGCGGCAGGAACAGUUGAUGCUGAGUGCCAGCUGGGACUGCACAAUUAAAUUGUGGGAUCCCCACAGAACGGCCUCUCUGAGUACAUUCCUGGGGCAUACGGAACUCGCGUACAGUGCCAUGUUUUCCUGCCACAUUCCAAACACCUUCGCCAGCGUGGGUGGUGAUGGGUACCUCAAGGUGUGGAACACCCUGGGGCAUCAGCAGCGCCCCACAGCUGUCGUAAAGGCGCACGACGCAGAAGUCCUAUCUUGCGAUUGGGCAAGGUACGAACAGAAUCUUCUGGCCACAGGAGGUUCAGACGGAAUGAUCCGGGGCUUUGAUUUACGCAACUUCAGCGUCCCGCUGUUUGAGCUGCGAGGCUGCGAGUAUGCUGUCCGGAGGAUUAGGUUCUCUCCAUUCUCCCCCAAUGUCCUUGCUGCUGUCUCCUAUGACUUCACAACGCGCAUUUGGGACUUUCAGCGCACCCCCGAUGCCAUUGAGACAAUCCGGCAUCAUUCGGAAUUCAACUAUGGCCUCGACUGGAAUGCCCUGCGAUGCAAUCAAUUGGCAGACUGUGGGUGGGACAGCCUCGUGCACGUCUUCACGCCCCGAUCUCUCGUUAGCACGUAAACUGUGAUGCUGAACCUCCUCUAUAGUGGAUUUCCUGUUGCAUGACGUGAUUGGGACGCAACGAGUGUUUUAUUUAUAUGUAUUAUAUUUUAUUAAAAAUGACAUCCUCGUAUCGUGAAGGGCAAUAAAAUAUUUUCUCUAGCUA